CGACCCCUUUGCACGCACCACGUUUAUUUCAAGCGUAAUACGAGCGCCUUGAGAUACUGCAACGUUCCUUUGAUAGCAUCCGGCGGCCUCCCGCGGCCCAUACUCACACCUGUCUCUCCGGCAGGUGCAGCGAAGCCCCAGGAUGUUUACGCCGCAUCUGACCGGCCUCCGGGUGGGACGAGUUUUUGUCUCUGGCGCCACGUGACUGGCCGGUCCGGCCCGGUCAGCACCGCUCCGUCGUCCAACCAGACGGGAGGGGAUGGGAGCGGCUCGACCGACGCCAGUCAACGCUCUGACUUGGACGACGACGGCAGACGUCAAACGCCCAGCGGGGCACCGUGCCAGGAACCAUCUAGGACCGACCAGGAGCCAUGGAGCCGGUGGCGCUGCCCGGGCAGCCGGUGAAGACGGUCGAGAUGCACACGGGCGGCGAGCCACUGCGCAUCGUCGUCUCCGGCCUGCCGCCGAUCGCCGGCGCCACACUGCUCGACAAGCGCCGCUUCUGCCGCGAGCAGCUCGACCGCUACCGGCGCGUGCUGAUGGGCGAGCCGCGCGGACACAAAGAUAUGUACGGCGCCUACCUGGUGACGCCCGACAGCCCGCACGCGCACAUGGGAGCCCUGUUUCUGCAUAAUGAGGGCUACAGCACCAUGUGCGGCCACGGCGUGCUGGCGCUGGCCCGCUACCUGGUCGAUGAGGAGGUGGUGCCGCGCGCGGCCGAGGGAGAGACGGCCGUCAACAUCCAGUGUCCGUGCGGCCUGGUGCGCGCCUGGCUGGCCCCGGACAACACGGCCAGGUUCCUCUCCGUGCCGGCGUUCGUCCUGCACUCGGACCUGCGGAUGCCGCUGCCGAACGGCGGCGAGUGCAGGAUCGACAUCUGCUACGGAGGAGCGUUCUACGCCAUGGUGAGAGCCGCCGAUGUUGGACUACCGGAAGGCGGUGUCGCCAGCGCUACCGAAUACCUUCGCAUCGCGACGCAGGUGCGCAACCACAUCAGCACCGCUGGCAUUCGGAUUCGGCACCCGGACAGCGCCGAUCUCGGCUACCUGUACGGCGUGGUGUUCGGCAACUUCGCGCCGCUGUCGCAGCCAUCGCCGCCGCCGUCGGGUAUACGCCUAGUGACGGUGUUUGCCGACGGACAGCUGGACCGGUCACCGUGUGGCUCAGCCACGACCGCGUGCUGCGCGCUCCUGCACGCCUCUGGCCACCUCCCGGCCGAGCACAGCUGCACGUUCACCGGGCUCGCCGGCAGCGAAUUCACGGCGCGCGUGAAGACGGAGAGCGAGUGCGGGGGCCGGCCGGCAGCGGUGGUAGAGGUGGCCGGCAAGGCCUACUACACCGGCCGCGGAGAGUUCACCGUGGAGCCGGACGACCCGCUCGGCGACGGGUUCCUGAUCCGGUGAACACGGAGCCUGUUUGUGUCAUAUACCUUUGACCACUGGUAUGGACUGGUAUUGUGGCCUUUUCGAUACUUGCAAGUUGAAAUGGUGUCAAUAGGACGUGUCACUACGGACGUGUAGGUACCGUUCAUUUUAUACCCAAUUAGAUCGUAUUUCUGGGCUAGGUGGUCUGUAAGGAGACUUAAAAUACGACGAUACUUAAAUAUUUCAUCGAUGGCUAGAAUCUUUCCGAUUCUAGACGAAUAUUAGAAUUGUCUCUUGUUACCAUGUCUCAAGAACAUUGCCAGCAAACAACAUUGGAAGCGACCCGGGGUGAGCUUGAUCCCACAUGUGUAAAAUACCAAGUAGCGCAUAAAU